ACCAAACAGAGAUUUAAAGAGGAGCAGCAAAAGAAAACGAGGUGGAUUAGCAGCACUUGGUGUCAUCCAGGACAUGAUACAGCGAAACAUCGUCUCUGAUAUUUAGAGUCUCAAGACUUUAAAUCCAACAGGAAAAAGAUCAGAGAGAAAAACUGAUUGAGAAAACACUCAGGAUCACCUUCAUCACCGACUGACAGAACAAGGAGAACAGAGAGCUGAGGAACCAGACGCUGGAACACAGACUGCUGCUGGAGGAAAAACAAAGAAAUCAAACUUCACUCACAGACAAAAUGGCUUCCAAGUUAGAGGAGGAUCUCUGCUGUUCGGUCUGUCAGGACGUCUUUAAGGAUCCGGUUCUUCUGUCAUGUAGCCACAGCUUCUGUAAGGAGUGUCUGAAGAACUGGUGGACAGAGAAACCAUCAAGAGAGUGUCCAGUUUGUAAGAGGAGAUCUUCUAAAGGUGAUCCUCCCUGUAAUCUGGUUCUGAAGAAUCUGUGUGAGUCUUUCUUACAGCAGAGAGAGCAGAGAGCUUCAGAGGAUCUCUGCUCUCUGCACUCUGAGAAACUCAAACUCUUCUGUCUGGACCAUCAGCAGCCAGUGUGUUUCGUCUGCAGUCAUUCAGAAAAACACACCAAUCACAGAUUCAGACCCAUCGAUGAAGCUGCUCAGCAACACAAGAAGAAACUUCAGGAAACUCUGGAGCCUUUAAAGAAGAAGCUGGAGCUCAGGAAGAAAGUUCAGGAGGAGUUUGAUCAGACAGCAGAACACCUGAAGGUCCAGGCCCGACACACAGAGAGGCAGAUUAUGGAGCAGUUUAAGCAGCUUCAUCAGUUUCUAGCAGAGGAAGAGGAGGCCAGGCUGGCUGCACUGAGGGAGGAAGAGGAGCAGAAGAGAGGGAUGAUGAAGGAGAAGAUGGAGGCUCUGAGCAGAGAGAUAGCAGCUCUUUCAGACACAGUCAGAGCCACAGAGGAGGAGCUGAGAGCUGAAGACGUCUCAUUCCUGCACAACUACAAGGCUGCAGUGGAAAGAGUCCAGCGCUGCCCCCUGCUGGAGGAUCCACAGCUGCCCUCAGGAGCUCUGAUAGACCAGGCCAAACAUCUGGGCAACCUGGCCUUCAACAUCUGGAGCAACAUGGAGAACAUGGUGACCUACACUCCUCUGGUUCUGGACCCAAACACGGCUCAUCCAGGACUUCAUCUGUCUGAAGAUCUGACCAGUUUGACUUAUGGAGAGAAACAGCAGCUUCCUGAUAAUCCAGAGAGAUUUGAUUUAUGGUGGUGGUCUGUUCUGAGUUCUGAAGGUUUUAACUCAGGGAACCACAGCUGGGAUGUUGAUGUUGGAGACAGUAAAGGCGGGUUACUUGGUGUGUUAGAAGAGUCUGUUCAGAGGAAGGGACUCUUAAAGUCUGGAUGGUUUUAUAUAAGGUUCUUUGAAGAUAAAUACUCAGCAUAUUCUCCAUCAGCUCCUUCCACUCGUCUCUCAGUCCAGAAGAAUCACCAGAGGAUCAGAGUGAAUCUGGACUGGGACAGAGGAAAACUGUCCUUCUCUGAUCUGGAUACUAACACACACAUACACACCUUCACACACACCUUCACUGACAAGAUGUUUCCAUAUUUCUACACUAAUAAAACAGUAAAGAUUCUACCGAUGAAGAUCUCAGUGAUCAAACAGCAGCUCUGCCACAGCUUCUGUAAGGAGUGUCUGAAGAACUGGUGGAGAGAGAAACCAUCAAGAGAGUGUCCAGUUUGUAAGAGGAGAUCUUCUAAAUUUGAUCCUCCCUGUAAUCUGGUUCUGAAGAAUCUGUGUGAGUCUUUCUUACAGCAGAGAGAGCAGAGAGCUUCAGAGGAUCUCUGCUCUCUGCUCUUCUGUCUGAACCAUCAGCAGCCAGUGUGUCUCGUCUGCAGAGAUUCAGAAAAACACACCAAUCACAGAUUCAGACCCAUCGAUGAAGCUGCUCAGCAACACAAGAAGAAACUUCAGGAAACUCUGGAGCCUUUAAAGAAGAAGCUGGAGCUCAGGAAGAAAGUUCAGGAGGAGUUUGAUCAGACAGCAGAACACCUGAAGGUCCAGGCCCGACACACAGAGAGGCAGAUUAUGGAGCAGUUUAAGCAGCUUCAUCAGUUUCUAGCAGAGGAAGAGGAGGCCAGGCUGGCUGCAUUGAGGGAGGAAGAGGAGCAGAAGAGAGGGAUGAUGAAGGAGAAGAUGGAGGCUCUGAGCAGAGAGAUAGCAGCUCUUUCAGACACAGUCAGAGCCACAGAGGAGGAGCUGAGAGCUGAAGACGUCUCAUUCCUGCACAACUACAAGGCUGCAGUGGAAAGAGUCCAGCGCUGCCCCCUGCUGGAGGAUCCACAGCUGCCCUCAGGAGCUCUGAUAGACCAGGCCAAACAUCUGGGCAACCUGGCCUUCAACAUCUGGAGCAACAUGGAGAACAUGGUGACCUACACUCCUCUGGUUCUGGACCCAAACACGGCUGGCCCAGAACUCCAUCUGUCUGAAGAUCUGACCAGUUUGUCUGGAGGAGAAGAACAGCAGCUUCCUGAUAAUCCAGAGAGAUUUGAUUGGUGGUCUGUUCUGAGUUCUGAGGGUUUUAACUCAGGGAAUCACAGCUGGGAUGUUGAUGUUGGAGACAGUUCAUUCUGGGAUCUUGGUGUGUUAAAAGAGUCUGUUCAGAGGAAAGGAAGGAUGUCUGGAUUGUUGUGCAUAGAGUUCAAUGGAUGUAGCUACUCAGCAUGUUCUCCACCAGCUCGUUCCACUCGUCUCUCUGUCCAGAAGAAUCUCCAGAGGAUCAGAGUGAAUCUGGACUGGGACAGAGGAAAGCUGUCCUUCUCUGAUCUGGAUACUAACACACACAUACACACCUUCACACACACCUUCACUCACAAGAUGUUUCCAUAUUUCUACACAAAUAAAACAGUAAAGAUCCUAACAAUGAAAAUCUCAGCGAUCAAACAUGAGCUCUGAUGAUCUCAGCAUGAA